AAGGUGGCACUAUCGGUAAAGAACACGGAGGUGGCCCUUCCGGUGAGGCUAGAACGUUAAUAAAAAGUAUGUCGCAGAUCACAAAGGACUCCUUCUUCAUAAAUAAGGAGACAAACAAAACAAUACCUUCUGAUGUUUUUGUACACGAGGGCGAGGAUGCCAUCCUCCCGUGCCGCUCCAUCACAGCAGGUCAGUGGGUGAAGUCUGUGCGCUGGAGGAGAGAUGGAGAGGUGGUGCUGGUGCUGGAUGUCCGGUCGGGGAAAACCACAUAUGGAAACGGCUUUGAUGAAAGCCGGGUAUCAAUACCAUCAGACUGGGACCAACGAGCAAACCUGUCCCUCAUCAUAAAGCGAGCCGAGGCGAGAGACGGAGGAGUUUAUUACUGUGACAUCGACAAAGUGGAGAAACACCGCUCCGCUGUCCGCCUGCACGUCUCCACACCACCAAGCAGCACAUCACAGCCUGUAACUGCAGCGAGGCCAUCAGAGUGCUCUGACUGGUCGUGGAGAACAUUCUCUAUAACGGCAGCUGAAUUUGUGAUCGUUGGCCUGCUUGUUUGGCUCUGCUGGUUUCUGAGGAACAGGAUCUUCAAUGUGUGCACUCGAGGAUUUGGUGGAAGAUCCUCAGAGCAGGAAGAAGAAAUAAACUGUGUUACCAUCAGCAACGGUGAUGCACAUCUCUGCAACGACACAGAGGAGGGAGGAGGCGGAGGAGCUGAAGAGGGCAGAGAAUCAGGAAGUGACCAGCACAGCAUGCUAAAGUCAAAUGGGAACCCUGACUUUACCCACAACUGAUGAGUGAAACAACAACAGCUCAUCCCUUUAAGUAUCUGAACUCGCCACCUUUAUGACGGUACCACUGUGCAACUCCACUUUCUUAGGUUUAGAAAUCCCCCGUUUUCCUUCUGCUGAAUCUGACUGCUGUUACAAUGUUUGAGAUUGUCUCUAUUAUUUUGUCUUCCAAUCAAUCAAGUAAUGCCUGUAAAUCAUCUGCUUACAUAAUCAGUGCAUAAUUUAGCUUCAAGAUGGAUAAAUGAGGUCUCUUCAAUAAUAACAUUUAUCCCUCGUGCAAAAAAAAUGACCUUCACACUUUUGUGUGCACAACCCUAACGUGUAACAGCACAACGAUCUGUGUCUAAAACCUCGUGAAAAAGUUAAAUUCUUUGUUAUUUGUAACCUUUUAUAGCACUUUUAUUCAGUAUUUAUUCUGCUUAUAUUAAUAUAUACUGAGUAUAUUGCCCUGCCUGUUUGUACAGAUUUACAGUCUUUCCUGUUUUCUUUGCUCUUUGUAAAAAGCUCAGGUCAGCUGCUGUGUGCCAAUAAAGUCAUGAGUUGGUAACAAAGUGACGCUCUAACCUGAUGCAGAUUACAGUCAUGAAUUUAUUCAUUUUGGACAUUAAAUGACUUCAAAUGUUUGAUGGAAUAAACACUGAAAACCUUUAACAAAAGCACAUUAAGAUAAAAUGAAUAUACAACAAAGUAAGAAGCAUUAAUCUGCUGCCAUAAUCCCACAGUUAAACCUGAAGCUUCAUCUAAACUCAGUCCAGGUGUUUCUCUGCAGUCGGCUCUGUUAUCCUGACAAAACUGUUUCCAGUCAGAAAGGCUGCAGGUAUUUGUGUGAAAUAAAGACAGAGAGGGAAAAAUUCAUACCAAAGACAUUUGAAUAAAUAAGUGAGGAGAAAAUAAUUAAAAGAUACAAAACAUCAGCAAUAUACAGCUUGUAACAGAGCAAACGGGGAUGACAUGACAAGUGUGAGGAAGAGCAAAUGAGUUUAUCAAUGAGUCGUUUCUAAGGUUUUAAAGGUGUUAGGCCAUGCACUGACACAUGAAGCUGUUGGUGCAAGUUUCUGAGUCACCAGCUGCAACAGGAUCAACUUUAAGAGGCUCAACAUUAAGGUUUGAAGGCCUCAGUUAAACAAGCUGAAAAGAUAAAAUCAGCUCCACCAGAGGCAGGACACCAAGCUCCAACACUGACAGUGUACUUGUUUGCUAUGACUUAAUACCAAAUAAAAACAAAAGGCAAUGAAGUACAUUAACUCUGAUUUAGUGUUAAAUAUCAAAUCUGUCUGGAGUUGAUAAUUUAACACUAACCAGGUGUUAAAAGUUUAUAUAUUAACUCUCACAGAGCAUCUUAUUUUAACUACAUAAGAGUUACCUUCUAAUUAAUUCUAAAAGGUGUCAAUUAUACUGUUGUGGACAUUUAAAAAUUCCUUGGGAAAUAAAUAUUUAUUAAAAAGAGGCAAUGUUUUUCUGAAAAACGUUUAUUUUUAACUAUGCACCACAAUUUCAAAACAUUUUCUAAAACAUGUAACAAUAUGGAACAAUGUACAUGUUCUCGCUUUCAUUUGAAUGUUGUUUAUCAAAGAGUCUGACAUAGGUGAGCUGGUCAAUGCAAAUAACAGCAUGCUCAUUACUCUUUUCUUCAAUAUAGUAUGCAUGAAUGUGUUCAUCAAAGUACAAGGUGUUGACAGUACAGCCUAUCAUGAAUGCAUGUUGUUCAUGUAUUUUGAUAUCGCAAAUUUUCUUAAACACAUUUCGAUUGCUGGACAUUCCCGUACAUAAAAACAAGCCAAUAAUUUCUAACCCAAUUUGUAGUUGAAAGAUUCGACUCGGACAAUAAAUGUCUACCUUCCAUGGUACUAACUCUUUUUAAUUUUAAAGGACCAAACUCAAACCUUUUAAAACAAUAGUUUUCAUAGUAAAAGGCCAAUUGACGCUGAUGUUGCUUUACUAGAAAUUUUGGAAGGUUUUCAAAAUUUUUCACAGCCUUUUUAAAAAAAUAAUGUUUUGCUUCAAAAUGCAUACACCAUAUGUGGAUAAGAGGGCCAAUUUUCUUAAUACACCUUGGAUAGUGAAUCAUUAGGUGGUGUUUAGGAAUUAAUUUUCUACCAGGGAACAAAUUCUUAAACAUGAUAUGGUGAUCACAGAUGUUUCAGGUAACAUAUCAUGCCAUCAGUAAGGACUGGGGACAACACAAUGUCAACAAUUUGCAACAACAGGAGAACAAGGUUCCAGUGGUUAUUGCAGUAGUUAUUAAACCUAAGUGUUUGCUGUUAACAUCUAUUUUUAACCCACUUGCUUUAUUUUUACGCUCUACAAAACCAUAAUUAAAAGUCUGUAUCCUGUCAA